CCCGGAAGCAAGCGCCCUCGCCCGCCGCGUUCCGCUGCCCUCUCUCCUCUUGGCCCCUGGCUCUGAGUCCCCGAGUGACGGCGACAUGGAGGAGAAAGUGGAGUCCGCCACUACUCCGGACGGCUCGCGCGUGGUGUCGGUACAGGAGACCGAAAAGUGGAUGGAGGAGGCGAUGCGAAUGGCCAAAGAAGCACUAGAAAAUAUCGAAGUUCCUGUUGGCUGCCUUAUGGUCUAUAACAAUGAAGUUGUGGGGAAGGGAAGAAACGAAGUGAAUCAAACAAAAAACGCUACUCGGCAUGCUGAAAUGGUGGCCAUUGACCAGGUGCUGGACUGGUGUCACCGACAUGGACAGAGCCCUUCUGCGGUAUUCGAACACACCGUGCUCUACGUCACUGUAGAACCGUGCAUCAUGUGCGCCGCUGCCCUGCGCCUUAUGAAAAUCCCGCUGGUCGUCUAUGGCUGUCAGAACGAACGGUUCGGUGGCUGUGGGUCCGUCCUGAACAUUGCCUCUGCUGACCUACCCAAUACUGGGAGACCAUUCCAGUGCGUCCCUGGGUACCGUGCCGAGGAGGCUGUGGAGCUCCUAAAGACCUUCUACAAACAGGAAAACCCAAAUGCGCCAAAAUCAAAAGUUCGUAAGAAGGAUUGUCAGAAAUCCUGAUGCUGCAAUGAUCAAAGACUAGGACUUUUUGGAGACCUGGACAAAAUUCCUGACUGAGAGCCGCUGGCAUCGCUGGUCUCGUUUAUUUGUUAUUACUGUGUGUGAAAAUGGUGUCUCUCGUCAUUUGCUCUGUUAAGGGAACAAAUUAGCCCUUUCUAAAACGUCUGGCAAUGUAAACAACUGUGAGCUCUUCCACCAAGCUGAAAGAACGCUUCCAGGAAGGGGAGAGAUUAAGGUUUGAGGUCCCAGAGGUCAGCAAGCAGUGGCGGGGCUUCACCUCCAGCCUUACCCCCGGCUUAAGGAAGUUCCUGUCUGCAGGUCAUGUGUCCAUACGCCCCGCCCCCAACCCAAAGGCAAGCACAUCGCACGUGACACAUACCACACACAUGCACAUGCCAAAAACAGAGACAAAUCUUUGGAAGAUUGAUCAAGAUCAAAACAGGAAGUAGAAGAAAGAAAGAAGGCUUUGACAUUUUAUUGAGUGCAUUCAGACGUGGUCCUGCACUGGACUGCACCCGAGCACAGCUACCUGGGCUUGUCCUCAUUUGUACUGACUUUAUAUUUGGCCAUGGGUGUCGGGGGUUCGAGUGGGUGUGGGUGUGGAGGCAGAGGAGACUCUCGGGUGCUGCUCCUUAGAUGCAGUGCCACUCCUUCCUGCUUUCUUGAACGUCACCAUUCUGCUAGGUAGGCUGGCCAGGAAUGCCCAUCACCUGGGGCCUCUAGUACAGGAAUUACAGGCAUGCACCACUCAUCCUCCCUCCCUCCCUCCCUCCCUCCCUCCCUCCCUUCUCUUUUAACUGUGAAUUUUGGAGAUUGAAUUCAAGUCCUCCUGCAUUUGACUGACCGUGAUAGCUCCCCAACCCUAGAACAAUUUUAAAAAGUAUUUAAAACAGAUGCUUUCAAAGCAAGUGUCUGAGUCUUUUUUUUUUUUUUUAGAUCAUAGCAUAUUGCUACAAUAAAGUUUUAUUCAUGCCUUCUUUCAAAAGGAAUAGUCUUUAAAUAGCGGGUGCUGGACAGAAGGCUCAGAAGUUUAAAAAUAUAUACUGCUUUUCCAGAGGAUACAAGUUUGGUUCUCAGCACCAUAUCUGGGCAAUUCACAACCUGUAAUUCCAGUUCCAGGAGAACCAAUACCCUCUUCUGGACUCUGUGAGUCCACAUGUGCAUACAAUUCCAACACACACACACACACACACACACACACACACACAUACACACACACACAAAAUCUCUAAAGAAGAAAAUUAAAAGGGGAGUGGUUCUUUAUAAUGGGGCAACUAUUCCUUUAACGUUCAUUUCUUCCCUGGGACAAAGCCAAGACCCAAUACUCUGAAAACAAAGACCUUACGUUCUUCAGAGAGAGAAAUGUAAAUAGUCCCUUAUAUAACUUGCUGGAGGAUGGCAGCUGCUGCUGGGCAUAAUGAUGCACUCUGUAGCCCCACUACUGGAGAGGUCGAAGCAAAAGAAUCAUGAAUCCAAGGCCUGGGCUGUUGGGCUGUGUCGGGACAGCCAGUCUCCCUCCCCCCCCCCCCCCUUCCUCCAACGCCAAUUAGAACCAGUUGCUGUUUGGAAUAAGAAUACAGACAUGAUGGUUACAAGAUUGAAUUAAAUGAUCCAUUGACUCCUAAACAACAAAGCUACUACUCUUUUCAAAUGCGGAAGGCAAAGCUUAAAUUGAGAAUCUAAAAAUUUGACCCCACAACAAAAUCUCUCUGAUAAAGGUGAGCCUUGCAAGGUGCGGCUUUUCCGCCCCGCCCUGGGCGCAGUGUGCGUCUCUGCCCAGAAGGGGGCCUCGCUGUUCCACUGCAAGACCUGCGCCAGCGCAGCCUCAGUUUCUUCAGAGCUUUCUAGUCCUUGAUGCAAAGCGGCUGUUUGUGGACACUGCCAUUUGAGCGCUGUCUCCGACUUGUUUGUUUUGAAUUACAUUACAGGCUGGAAUGU